CAAGGGCUUAUGGCCUAAGGUGGAAGGGAGACAAGAUUACCAGCGCCCAUCUGCCACUUGGCCCUUUCGCUGUUUCCUGAAAGGUGGCCCGCACUGCUGACAGAUGGCAGAUCUCUCAGUGUUUGUGGGGUUUCUGAAGGAAGUGCCUUGGCGCAGGAGCAUCUUCUUCACCCAUUUUCUCCUCAUCCUCUGCUUGGGUGAGGUAGAUUCAGACGAGGUCAAGGUGCUGGGCCCUGGAGACUCCAUGUUGGCCCUUGUUGGGGAAACGGCUGAGUUCCCGUGCCACUUGUCGCCAUACCAGGAUGCAGAGCACAUGGAGAUCCGCUGGUUCCGGACCCAGGUCUCAAACGUGGUGUACCUGUACCAGGAACAGCAGGGGCUCUCCGACCCGCAGAUGCCAGAGUUCCGCAACAGGACCGUAUUCGAAGCGAAUGACAUCAUGGAUGGCAGCGUGACCCUGCAUGUCCAUAGCGUUAUUCCCUCCGAUGAGGGCCAAUAUGGGUGCCGCUUUCUUUCCCACAACUUCUCUGGAGAAGCUAUGUGGGAGCUGGAAGUAGCAGGGUUGGGCUCAGACCCACUCAUCUCCCUUGAGGGCUUCAACGAAGGAGGCAUUCGGCUGCGAUGCAGUUCCAGUGGCUGGUACCCCAAGCCCAAGGUUCAGUGGAGAGACCACAGGGGGCAGUGCCUUCCUCCAGAGUCUGAAGCCAUCAUUCGGAAUGCCCAGGGCUUGUUCAGUCUGAACACAUCUGUGACUGUCCAAGGAGGGGCUCAUAGUAACGUGUCUUGCUCAAUCCAGAACCCCUUGCUAGCCCAGAAGAAAGAGUUUGUGCUCCAGAUUUCAGAUGUAUUCCUACCCAGAACGUCCCCCUGGAAGAAAGCAUUCCUGGGAACCCUGGCAGCCCUCCCACUCAGUUUGGCUGUGCUCACCAUCCUGGCGCUGCAGUACUUUUACAAGAAGCGGUGCUCCCAAGAAAAGCUGAAGAAGCAGGAAGAAAAGGACAGAGGAAGACUGAUUGCACGGUUGGAGAGACUUCAGACAGAGCUUGACUGGAGAAGGUCCGAAGGCCAGGCUGAGUGGAGAGCGGCCCAGCAAUAUGCAGUGGAUGUGACCUUGGAUCCCACCACAGCGCACCUUAGCCUGGAGAUCUCAGACGACCUCAAGAGCGUGUCCUCCCGACCGGGUGCGCCCAGUAUUGUGGUCCAUGGCCCGCAGCGGUUCUCGGAGCAGACGUGCGUGCUGAGCCGGGAGCGCUUCUGCAGCGGCCGCCACUACUGGGAGGUGAACGUGGGCCGGCGCAGCCGCUGGUUCCUGGGCGCCUGUCUGGAGUCGGUGGAGCGCUCGGGGUCCGUGCGCCUGAGCCCCGCCGCCGGCUACUGGGUGAUGGGGCUGUGGAACAGCUGCGAGUACUUCGUGCUGGACCCGCAGCGCGUGGCGCUGACGCUACGCGUGCCUCCCCGGAGGGUGGGCAUCCUGCUGGACUAUGAGGCAGGGAAGCUGUCCUUCUUCAAUGCGUCUGAUGGCUCGCACAUCUUCACUUUCACCGAUACUUUCUCUGGGGCGCUCUGCGCCUACUUCAGGCCUCGAGCCCACGAUGGCAGCGAACACCCGGAUCCCUUGACCAUCUGCUCUUUGCCGGUUAAAGGGCCACAUGCCCUCGAAGAGGACGACAAUGACAAUUGGCUACAGCCCUAUGAGCCCUUUGACCCCACCUGGGCUGAUGAUGAGGAGCUGCUCUGACCUUAAGGCCAGGUCUAGGCAGUGUCCUGAACUCCCGGACAGCGCUUUGCUCCCUUGCUGCCAAAGCAUGCAGAGGCCCUUGGCAUAUGUACUUGUGCAUAUAUAAUUAUUUUAAGGACAGCGGGCAAAAAAGAGACCCUUUAUGUAUAUAGCAAGACUAUAGAGUGUGCACUGUGGGAAUGGAAAAGAAGUCAGAAGUAUUUGUUAAUUUGUAUAUAGUUUUGCAUAUUUUGUGUAAUUUUAUAUAUUCUGUCUAGAAGUAAUGACAUUUCAUAAGUAAUGAGUUCACCUUUGGCUAGAUCUGAAUGUUAAACAUCAUUUCUUCCUAAAACGAAAUGGGAGAAAUGGCUGAUUCCAGGACUGGGGUAAAGAAGGCCCAAAACUUGGACCAUUUUGGCUAUAAAAUAAAAGUCAGCAGAAACUGAUAGGAAGCAGCCUAGUUCAGAUCUGCUGGGCAAAUGGGAACUGUGAUUAGUAACUGUGGAGUGCAUACUUUAAAACCAGAGAAAAUGUUAAGAAUUCUCACCAUAAAAAGUGUAGGUGAGGUAGUCUAGAUGUCAGUUGAUCUGCUUUAGCCAAUCCAGCACGCACACAUUUAUGAAAACCAUGUCCACCACAAACAUACACAUUUUUUGCUUGUCAGUUAGAAUAAGUAAAUAAAUUUUUUAAAAAAAAAGCAAAACACAUAUUACAGUCUGUAGUGACUUCCCUGGCCUUCUGUGUGGCAUUAUUAACAUGGAAAUCCAUAAUGGCACUGAUGGGGCUGGGGUAGAGGUCAGGGUGCUUGCCUAACUUGAGGGACAAUGACAUAUCUUCAACUCCAGGGACACUUUCCCUGGGGCAGCACAUUAGUUCCCCAGCACAGCAAGAGAAGGGCUAGGAUGGCAAGAAUGAAGUGUUACUCAAAAAAAAAAAAAACCAUACAUAUUGCCAACAAUAUACAGACUGAAUAAGCUGUAUUUAGGAAUAUAUAUGUAUACACAUAUACAUGUACACAUGUAAUAACAAUUAUUUUAAAAGGCCACGAAUAUGAAAGUGAGUAAAGAGUUACAGUAUGUGGGGAGGACUGGGAGGGGGGAGGAAGAGAAAAAUACUGUAAUUUUAUUAUAAUCUCCAAAAUUAAAAAAAUAAAUAAUGCAGCAUUAGCUACCAACUAAAAUCCAGAUGCAUAAGUCCAUGCCAGCACUUUAAUUUGUUUUUCUUUUUCUGUUUUUUCAAAGGGGAACCUUUAAAAAAUAAUCUAAUAAAAUCUAUCUAAAAGAUAAUGAUAA